AUUGCUGCAAUGAUAUAGUUAAAGAAAUAAAAACUCUUAUUCACAUAAAUCAAUAACAACGGAAUUUAUUACGGCGAUAUCCAGUCGACGGUGGGACGGAAAAUUGAGACAAAUCUCAUACGGCACUGAAUGCGAAUACCAGCUAGGUGGUAGUGGAUACCCACCAAAUCAGUUUUUCUCUCUCUCACUCGCUGAAUAUGGAAUUUUCAUAAUGGAAAUGGCUUUCGUGAGGGCUUUCGCUGUAUUUGCGUGAAAUUCACCCAUUUUUCCGCUAAUUUCAUUCUGCGCAAACUACCGACCUGUACACGGCACUUUAGAAAGCAUUUCUUGACGAAAUGUCUAGUAACAAGCGGAACAGUCCUGGUUCAUCAAAACGGAAGGAUACACCGUCUGAGGAGGGGGAGGAGACUGACGAAAGCGGAUCCGAACAGGAAGAUGAACACGAGUACAACAAACAACAGUUCAAAACAAAGGGCGAAUUUCUCCUCUCUCUACAAAGUGUUACAAAGGAACAGUUUCUGGACAAAGAAUGGUUUGCCCGAAUGAUCGAAAAAGGUCAAGAUCGAAUCAAGAGCCAACUCAAACGAAGACAUAUGACGACCGAAAUGUUUAAAUGGGAAGAUCAGACCUUGAAAUACAAAAAUGGAAAUCGCUGGACAACAUUGGAGCAUGUUAAUACUAAAAGAAUGUAUAACAUCAACAAGUGGGUGGAAAAUAAAAAACAACGCGAAGCAAAAGGUGUACGAAAACACCAAACUUAUAUCUGCAUUACUUUGGAGAAGGACAAGAUUGAGGGAAAGACGACACGAGAAAUCUGGGAUUGGAUACGAGAAGAUAACCCUCCGAGGGGAACGUAUGUUGGCGAAACUUUUUCAGCUGUCAUUGGAGCUAGAGAAGGCAAUUUUAACAGAGGUCAAGCAAGGCCAUCCGCUUUGACAUUGCAUCUGCGUGAUACUGGCGAUAGAUGUUUCCAAGUGGGUGUCAUCAUUACGGAUUCAGAGGAUGAACGGAAGGAUUUGGAGGAGUUUAUCUUACACUACCUCGCUCAACACGAAGAAGAAAAUUGUGAAAUGAAGAUGAUAAACAAGAAGACCGACUUCCGCAUCGACCCCGGUUUACGUGCAGCAGCUCGGAAUCUAGUCCAUGCUGGGAUUCAGCUGACCCGAUUCGAAGAGACAGGAGAUAUUGAUGUUGCCAACAGAUACGAUUUAAAUUAUAUAUGCACCCCUGAAGAUUUCAUCGAGAAGACGAAUCGGUUUUAGAGCUGUUUGCUAUGA